AUGUCUCAAUUUGCUAGCCACCCAUACUACCAUACCAUGCCAGCUAUUCAUUCCUCCCGAAAUAAUCAUCCACUUCCUCUCAGCCCACCGGAGACCGAUCAAGAAUCCUUACCUGUUCAACUGCCACCAGCUUCUCUCGUCGCCGGCGCCGAGCUGGAACAGCUGACGCAUUCUGCUUUGAGUUUUCCAGAGCGUUCUAGAUUCCAAUCUCGCAGGACGUCCACUUUGUCAUACCAGAACUCGGGAGUGCGAGAUAACCGCGACCGAACCCCUUCACGGGCCUCAAAGUCUUUGAUCGUCGUUCUUCCUCCACCAGAGUUUGUGGAUCAUGGUCAACUGGGCAACGUGCUGUCCAUGGGACCUCGUGAUCGUUUAUCUCAAGGGAUCCUUAUGCCCCUAUUCCCUACGAUGUACGGGCAACUCACUGCAAUCGCACGGGAGUUUAAUUUCCCGAGCACCGUGGGCUUGUGUCUCUACCACCAUAUCACUGAAAAUGGUAUCACCAUGACGCCGCGCAUAUCUGACGAUGCCUGGCAGUACCUAUUGGCACAUCUCACCGAGUCACGUAAUGGCUCCCAACAACUAUCUAUCGGUGGUCGCAUAGAAUUCGACAUCGACCCCAACAAAGCUCGCUGGUUCGAUGCCUGGCUUGCCGGCACACUGCGUGACGACACCAUUGUUCCUGCUCCGCAGUCCCAUGCAUCUAUACUGCACUUGCAUGGUGACAGCAAGACUACGUUUGCAGAGGAGCACAUUGUGAAUGAAGACCGCUGGGAUAAUCAGACCAUUCAGUCAAAUUCAAGGCCUAUAACCAUCCGUCACGCGCCCAAGAAACUCUCUCUCCUUGACCGGCUAGAUUCUACUGCCCUCCAGGAUUCGUACAAAGCAUCGCAAGCAAUUUCUCCACCUCCAAACCAUGUUGCGCAUCAACUGUCUCCUAUCCCACAAUCUGCCGUUCCGCAGACGUCGAAAGCCGAGCUCCGUCGGCGAGUCAAUUCAUGGAGAGCGAGCGCACUCUUGGAUCCUGCGUCAAUGACGGAGUCAUACCAGCCCAUCCCUGAUGCUACAUUGGGUGCUGCGGCGAUCGAGGCUACGGAUGAGUACCCCUUAGAGGUAGAGGCAGGAGUCCAGGAGCCUCUGAAUUUGGCAGACUUUGCCUGGUCCGUCACAUCCGCUGGGCCACUUAGUCCACCUCUGCAUUCUCCAUCGUCUUCCCACCGCCUUCCUUCUGUCCAUCUUGAUCGUCGCAUGCAGGAAUCUGUGCUGUUGACACCAAUUACAGCAACCAGCUGGGGACCUCCAGAUGAUGAUUGGCUUUCGGAUGUGUCAAGCAUCGAUCGUUUACCUUCGCCUGACAUUGGUAAACGUAUGCUUGAGAGCGCGCCCCUGACCCCCGCUACGGCCACCAGCUGGGGGCCUGCUGAUGAUUGGCGGUCAGAUGUGGCCAGCAUUGAUCGCUUGCCGUCCCCAGACAUUGCUCACCGAAUGCUGGAAGACACUUUAGCAAGUCCAGCCUCUGGAGCUCCCUGGCACAAGGUCUGGCCAUGGUUCAAGGUUAGAAACGUAUCACCGGCAAUGGAGUCAUACAGCCCAUGGGCAGGCAUGUCUGCUUCAUCGUCUUCAUGGUUCGAUGUUACAAAAGCGGUGACACUUCCAUCAACUACUUCUUAUAAUCCUUGGGCUGGAAUGCCAUGGGUUCAAGUUUGGCCUUGGUCCGAACUUGACUGUGCAGAGUCUGGGGUUUCUCAAAGCCCCUGGGCCAUCGUGCCUGCUAUCCGGGCAUGGCCUUGGUUCGAUAUUCACGCUUCCCAGGACAAGGGUGACCUGGAGUUGCAGCUCAGCACCUCUUCAAAUCCCUGGGUUGGCAUGCCCUGGUUCAACGUUGGGCCGUGGCAUGAAGUUAACGGUGCACCGCCUAACAACUCCAUGCUGGUUUCGCUCAGUCGAGGGUUGAAGUCCGAAUAUUCUAGUCUAGACACCUACCCAGCUUCCUAUCCUUAUUUCAAUAUUUAUCCCGCGUGCGCAGAGGUGAACAGCGGCCUCAGCGACGCUAGAGGUUAUCCUAUACUUGAAAUUUAUCCUGCAGUUUACCCUCAUUUUAACUUAUAUCCUUCGAUUGCAUGCUCAGCUAUUUCUUCUCCUAAAAAGACAGCUGCCUUUCAGCCACAAAAAUCUGUCGUUGUAGAACUUGCUCCAGCUUACCCUCUGUUUAAUAUUUACCCACCUCUUUACCCGUAUAAUCUCAAUUCGAUUUAUCCGGCACCGGGUGUCGAAUUAUCUUCAUCUGUGGUGCUCCCAAGUAGCUAUCCGUGGUUGAUUAUUUAUCCUUCUGUUUACCCUCAUGUGAACCCAUAUCCACAAGUUAGUGCCGAGGUGACCGGACCCCGGAAAGCGGAAGACGAGAUUGCGCAGCUUGUUCAAGUGAAACUUCGGCCACAAUAUCCUGUUCUUGAUAUCUGUAUGUGGAGCAUGCACGUGUUGAUCACUGGCUUGCAGCUUAUUCCCCCAGAUCCUGCAGGCUAUCCAUGGAGCCUGAAAACAGUAUAUCCCCCAACCGAAGUUGAAAAUGCCUCUGAAAUCACUGUCCGCUUGUCAUCGCGCUAUCCAUGGCUAGACAUCUAUACCUCCGUUUAUCCUUUUGUUGAGCCAUAUCCGACAUUGAACAAGACAUGCCAAAGCUCUAUGAGCAGAUCUCAGACUCACUACAAGUCGGAAUGUGUGAAAGUUACCUUGGCUACAUAUUACCCGUCAUUCGAUUUAUAUCCCGCGGUAUAUCCACACUUUGACCUGUAUCCUACCUUGCCAAACAUCAGGUCCAGAGGUUCACAACAACAGGAGUCUGUCAAGGACAAUGUCGAUGGUGUAUCAGUUGACCUUGCGGGCACUUAUCCAUACAUUUGUCCUUAUCCUCCCGCUUAUCCUCACUUCGACUUGUAUCCACAUGUUCAGAUACAUGCGUCCCGUGAUGGUAAGGAUCUGACAACUAGCAAGUUCUUCGCCUCGAGUAGCACGUACCCCUUCUUGGUCAUUUACCCUGCUGUGUAUCCGCACUUCGAUCUAUAUCCCGCACGUGCCGCAGAAUCAGCGAGUCGGGGGGAGGACACGGCCAACGGCAAGUUCUCCGUUUCAGCAUACCCCUUCCUUGUCAUUUAUCCUGACGUGUACCCUCACUUUAAUCUGUAUCCCGCCCGUGCGGCAGAAUUAGCGAGUCGGGAGGAGGACAUGACCACCGGCAAGUUCUCCGCUCCAGCGUACCCCUUCCUUGUCGUUUAUCCUGAUGUGUACCCUCACUUCAAUCUGUAUCCCGCCCGCGCGGCAGAAUCAGCGAGUCAGGAGGAGAACAUAACUAACGACAAGCUUGUCGUUUCGAGUAGCACGUACCCCUUCCUGGUCAUCUAUCCUCAUGUGUAUCCUCACUUCAAUCUGUAUCCCUCCCGCGCGGCAGAACUAGUGACCCGGGAAGAACCAAAGAUUUCUAAUGUAAUUGCUAGUUCAUAUCCCUAUCUCGUGAUCUAUCCAUCUGUGUAUCCCUAUAUCGAUCUAUAUCCUGGUAUCCCCCCGAGAGCUGCUGCAAGCGGAACGUCAACUGUAAGGAUGGAUCACGGGUACCCAGUCUUGAACGUCUACCUUGCUGUCUACCCGCACUUUGAUAUUUACCCUGCGCUCGGAACUGUAACACAACCAUCUCAGAAGGCGACCGAUGUGCCAGUGCACCCACUAUCCGCGAAAAGGCGCAGGAAGACACACGCCGAACUACACGUCGAGGUGACACCGUCACCUAGGCUCCUUGUGGCUAGGAGAAAGUCUGCGAAAACACACUGUCAGCUACAUGCUGAGGUUUUCGUCAAUGGAGUCACUUGGACACCUAGCGGAUACGUGCAAGACCUAGCACUUCCUGACAAGCCACACGAAGACACCAAUCGUGGCCCGCGGCGUCGAAUACCCUCUGUACAUGAAAUCAUGCCUCGACUGCCGCAUUCCCGUUCGGUAACCCUCUCUAACCAGCAAUCGCCGACUAGUCCAUCGUUGCGAGAGAGACAACAGCACGUGUUGCAUAACACUCCACCAAUUCCCCCUCUCCGCAUCAGCAGUCCAGGGGUACCAGCUGUCUCGGAGUUCCCAAUUCCCACACUACCACCUGCAUCACCUACUAAAUCACGGCUGUCGCAAGUCGUGAGAUCCUUUGGAUCAUCGAUAAUGCAGGGACGCAAUUUGACAUCGACCUCAGAUGACCGCAACGAGAGGGCAAAAUCUCCCACAAGGUCUAUGUUCCCUUCCUUUGAUCGACGCAGCUCUAUGAUUCCACCACUACCUCCCCACGAUCCGUCAGACCUCUUGGGACGCAGUCGGUCGCCUGUCCGACAGGGCGCUCAGAGCCUUGUUUUACAAAGGGCUAGGGCUUAUGAACAAUCGACUUCUUCAUCCCGGUAUCAUUCUCACAGUGUGGGAGGCACGCAACUGCCAUCGCCCUCACUGCUUCCCAUUCCUGAUUUUCCCCCUGCAAUAGAUCUAGGUUUGAAGACUGACGCGUCAAGUCUCUUAAAGAACACCACUCCUUAG